UGCUUUCAAGGGAAAGGUGUGUGUCUUGCCGAGUGGUGCUUGGCGAGUUACAGUGAACAAUGGCAAGUAUUGCCAAGUUUAAUAUUGAUGCCCCUCGCUGGGACCAGAAUACUUUUAUGGGGCGUGUAAAGCACUUUUUCAACAUCACAGAUCCACGGACACUGCCGGUUUCAGAGCAAACGUUGGAUUCAGCGAAAACAAUUGUAGAGAGUUGCAGGGCAGGUUCGGUACCCCCUGGAACCAGUGAGGAACAGCUUUUCUAUGCCAAAAAGCUAUAUGACUCAGCUUUCCAUCCUGACUCAGGGGAAAAAAUGAAUUUAAUAGGGAGGAUGUCAUUUCAAGUCCCUGGAGGAAUGGCUAUCACAGGCUGCAUGCUACAAUUUUACAGAACAGUUCCAGCUGUGGUGUUUUGGCAGUGGGUAAAUCAGUCUUUUAACGCCAUUGUUAAUUACACCAACCGGAAUGCAGCUAGCCCCAUCUCAGUCAAGCAAAUUGGAGUGGCUUAUUUCACCGCUACCAGCACUGCCUUGGCAACUGCCGUGGGACUCAACCUUUACACUAAGAGAGCACCAUCCCUUGUGGCACGUUGGGUCCCAUUCGCAGCAGUAGCUGCUGCCAACUGUGUGAAUAUCCCCUUGAUGAGGCAACAGGAACUCAUUAAUGGGAUCACGGUGACAGACGAAAAUGACAAUACUCUGGGAAAGUCCAGGAGAGCUGCAAUCAAGGGGAUAACUCAGGUGGUGGUUUCCCGAAUUGCUAUGGCUGCUCCUGGCAUGAUUUUGUUGCCUAUUAUCAUGGAGGCAUUAGAGAAAUAUCCAUUCAUGAAGAAAAUCCAGGUUCUCCAUGCUCCCUUGCAAACAGUUCUUGUUGGAGGGUUCCUUGUGUUCAUGGUCCCAGUCGCCUGUGCGCUUUUUCCACAGAGAAGUUCAAUUGCAGUUUUGCACCUGGAGCCUGAACUCAGAGAACGAAUCGUAGCUGAACAUGGGGACAAAGUGACUUUUGCCUAUUUUAAUAAGGGUUUAUGAGUGAAAACUGCCUGGACUUGGUGCCUUAUCCCAUUAUGGACUUCUUCUCCUGGACAAAAACCUUUAUAGGGUGUUGUCAGGAACAGAGCUCAGAAUAUUCCAGAAAGAGCAGCACUCUAUCUCC